AAGUUGGAAUGCGCGUGAAAAGUUGGCUAUCAUUACAUAUCUCGAAAAAAAUCCUACAGCAAGCAAACAGCACACUGCAAAAACAUUUGAAGUAACACCAAAACAACUGCGUGAAUGGAUUAAAAAAAAAAAUGAAUUAAAAACUGCUUCACUUUUUGUUAGACGGUUAAAUACUGGUUCACGUCCGAAAUAUCCACUUUUGGAAGAUGAGCUUAAAACCUGGAUCAGAUCUUUACGUUCUGCUCAAAAUGUUGUAUCUCAAAAUAUGGUUAGAACUAAAGCAAAGCAACUCGCAAAACAAUCACGUUUUACUUCACUUUACCUGACAAUUAAUGAAUGCAAGUGGAGUGAUAAAUGGCUUUCAAGUUUUAUGCGUUGA